AUGACGAAAUACAAGCUUGUCUUCUUCGUUCCUCUGUCUGCUCUGGAAGCCGUAAAGACGGCUGUCUUUGCUGCCGGCGCCGGGUGCUACCCAGGCCCCGGGAACUACACCGAAUGUGCCUGGCAGACCAUCGGAACCGGCCAAUUCCGCCCAGGAGACACGGCGAACCCAAACAUUGGCAAGGUCGGCACCCUCGAGAAGGUAGAAGAAGCUAGGGUUGAGACACUCUGCCUCGGUGAAGAGUGUGCUAAGAAGGCUGUGGAGGCCUUGAAAAAGGCUCACCCUUUUGAAGAACCUGGUUUUGAGGUCUACGAGAUCAAGGAGUUCUGA